UGAGAAUUCAGAAGAUGAUCAGUAAAUGAAAAGCAUUUGCUCAACAGUCAGCACUGACAACAAACCAAAACACUGCGCAUUUAGAUGGGAAGCACAGCUCGUUUGCAAUCAACCAAAAUUUGAGUGCCACACUGGCUUGCCUCUGGAGUCUGGACUGAACAGCAGCAGGCUGGAGGCAGCAGAGCAGACGCACGCGCACGCCUCCGAUCGAUCCCCACAACCCCUGCCUCCGAUCAAUGAUCCAUUCCAUACAAACGCACGCACGCGACUUGAGCCCGACCCCGACCGCCACAACCCACACGCGCGCUUGCCUCGAGCUCCAGCCUCCUGCUUCCGAAAUUCGAAAUCGAAGCGCCACCCAUCUCCUCCUCCUCCUCCGCCGCCGCCAUGGCAUCCUCCCUCGCCCCGCCAGCGCCGCCGUACGCGAUGCUCGUCGUCGCCCUGCCGCCGACGCCGGCUCCGCCCGCCUCCGCCUCGCACGCCAUCGCCCGGUCGGCGCUCAUCAUCCUCGGCGUCAUCUGCCUCAUCGCCGCCGCGUCGAUCGCCAUCAACCGCCUCCUCCGCCGCGCCUCCCGCCGCCGAGCCUCCGCGGCCGCGCUCCCGCUCGCCGCGUCCGGCGGGGCGCCGCUCCCGCUCCCGCGCUCGGGGCCGGCCCCAGCCCGCCGGGCCCCCGCGCUGCUCGCGGACGCCGACUGCAUCGUCUGCCUCUGCGCCAUCGUCCCCAGGGCCGAGGCCCAGCUGGCGUGCAGGCACAGGUUCCACGCCACCUGCAUCGACGAGUGGGUCCGCAGCUCGCCCGCCUCGCCGACCUGCCCCCUCUGCCGCGCCGCCGUCCAGCCCCCGCGCCCCGCCGACGCCAUGGACCAGAGGAGGACCGCCCGCCGCUCGUCCGCCGCGGGCGACCGCCGCCGCGUGGCCGCAUCAGGCGAGGCGCCGCCGGGCCCUUCGCGCGUGUCGGGAGUCUGA